AUGGCUUGGAUCAAUAGCAAACUUUUCUUCACUUCUCUUAUGAUUCUUGUGGCACUUAUUGGGGUUGGAGUAGGAGGAACGGUUCACAAAGUCGGCGACUCGAGCGGAUGGACCAUGAUGGGUGUGGAUUACCAAGCUUGGGCUUCUUCAAGAACUUUUCAAGUAGGAAACUCACUGGUCUUCGAAUACAACAACGAGUUCCACGACGUCACUGAAGUCACUCCCCAUGAUUUCGAGCUAUGCUACUCGUCUAAUCCGUUAGCGAGGUACCAAACUGGAUCAGACACGGUAACUCUAACCAAACGAGGAUUUCAACACUUCAUAUGCGGAGUUCCUGGUCACUGCUGA